GAUCCGGGCCGCCGAGCGCUCGGGGCCUUUUCAAAUCGCGAUCCUUUACCGCUCUGCCGGCCGCCGCCAUUGUAGCGCUCGGAGCCCUCAGCGCGGCCGAGGCGGAGCCCGCGGCGGGAUGGCCGACGCCGACAAGCCCGAGGCGGCCGCGGGCGACGACGGCCCGCAGCAGCAGCCGGCCGAGCCCCGGCGAGACCCGCACCCCACCGAACCCGAGAAACCGCCGCGCAGCAGCGCCAACGGCGUUAAAAUGGAGAAUGAUGAAUCAGUGAAAGAAGAAAAAUCUGAUUUAAAAGAGAAGUCUACAGGAAACAAGAAGGCCAACCGAUUUCAUCCCUAUUCAAAAGAUAAGAAUUCGGGCAUGGGAGAAAAGAAAGGCCCAAAUCGGAACAGAGUGUUCAUUAGCAACAUCCCCUAUGACAUGAAAUGGCAGGCUAUUAAAGACUUGAUGAGAGAAAAAGUUGGUGAGGUUACAUACGUGGAGCUCUUUAAGGAUGCGGAAGGAAAAUCAAGGGGUUGUGGUGUGGUUGAAUUCAAAGAUGAAGAAUUUGUAAAGAAAGCAUUAGAAACUAUGAACAAAUAUGACCUUAGUGGGAGGCCUCUGAAUAUUAAGGAGGAUCCUGAUGGAGAAAAUGCUCGCCGUGCACUGCAGCGAACAGGAACCUCAUUUCAAGGAUCACAUGCCUCUGAUGUGGGAUCUGGGUUGGUGAAUUUGCCACCUUCCAUUCUCAAUAAUCCAAACAUACCUCCUGAGGUUAUCAGCAAUUUGCAGGCUGGUAGACUUGGCUCUACAAUUUUUGUUGCUAAUCUUGACUUCAAAGUUGGUUGGAAGAAACUAAAGGAGGUGUUCAGCAUAGCUGGAGCUGUAAAGCGGGCAGAUAUUAAAGAAGACAAGGACGGCAAGAGCAGAGGCAUGGGCACUGUCACUUUUGAGCAAGCAAUCGAAGCAGUUCAAGCCAUUUCCAUGUUCAAUGGGCAGUUUUUAUUUGAUAGACCUAUGCAUGUGAAAAUGGAUGACAAAUCUGUCCCUCAUGAAGACUACCGUUCACAUGAUAGUAAGACAUCACAGUUACCUCGUGGUCUUGGAGGCAUUGGAAUGGGACUUGGUCCAGGUGGACAACCUAUUAGUGCCAGCCAGUUGAACAUCAGUGGUGUAAUGGGAAAUUUGGGUCCAAGUGGUAUGGGAAUGGAUGGUCCGGGUUUUGGAGGAAUGAAUAGAAUUGGAGGAGGAGUUGGGUUUGGUGGUCUGGAAGCAAUGAAUAGCAUGGCAGGAUUUGGUGGAGUUGGCCGAAUGGGAGAGCUAUACCGUGGUGCAAUGACUAGUAGCAUGGAGCGAGAUUUCGGACGUGGUGAUAUUGGAAUAAAUCGAGGCUUUGGCGAUUCCUUUGGUAGACUUGGCAGUGCAAUGAUUGGAGGGUUUGCAGGAAGAAUAGGAGCUUCUAACAUGGGUCCAGUAGGAACUGGAAUAAGUGGCAGCAUGAGUGGCAUGAGCACUGUGACUGGAGGCAUGGGCAUGGGACUGGACCGCAUGAGCUCCAGCUUUGACAGGAUGGGACCAGGGAUUGGAGCAAUACUGGAGAGGAGCAUUGAUGUAGAUCGAGGCUUUUUAUCAGGUCCCAUGGGAAGUGGAAUGAGAGACAGAUUAGGCUCCAAGGGCAACCAGAUAUUUGUUAGAAAUCUUCCAUUUGACUUGACUUGGCAGAAAUUAAAAGAGAAAUUCAGCCAAUGUGGUCAUGUAAUGUUUGCAGAAAUAAAGAUGGAGAAUGGCAAGUCAAAAGGCUGUGGGACAGUUAGGUUCGAAUCCCCAGAGUCAGCUGAAAAGGCCUGCAGAAUAAUGAAUGGCAUCAAAAUCAGUGGCAGGGAAAUCGAUGUUCGCUUGGAUCGUAAUGCAUAAUUUCAAGCAUGGUUGGACCAUUCCUUCAUCUGUUUAUUAAAUCUCCUAGUAAAAGUCAUUUUUUAGUAAUGUUGUAUGCUUACAAAUGCUGUAAAAAUGAACUUUUAAAACUCCCACCAGCUUUUAACAGUAUAAUGUUGAAAAAUAUACUGUGAUUUUCAUUAUCUCAAGUUUGAGUUUCUAAAGACGGCAA